UGACCAAGCCGCGUUUGAAGGUGGUCGUGCGACCGGUAGUAUUAUUUAAGUUUUUUUUUUGUGUCGUGAUUAAUUUAAGGACUUUGUGAAAUGAAUUGGGUGGUGAUAGCCAGCUUUAUCGUGUGUUUGGCGACGUUUAGUAAGGGAAAUGCUUUAAGGGGGACGUCAGAAUCAAAAGAUGCAGCGCCUCCAAAAGAUGAAGAACCAAUAGAAUUAAGAAAAACCUCAAUAAUUAGUGAAAUAAGUGAGACAAGUGAAGCGCAAUGCCUCGCCGGUAGUGAGUGGACGAGUAACUGCCACUCGUGUAGGUGUUCAAAAGAAGGGGUGGCAAAGUGUACAAGAUUGGAAUCCUGUGAAGGAAGAUAUGCUGAGCCGAUAACAUGCAAGCCGCAAACGAAGUUCCUAAGGGAUUGUAAUAUGUGCAUGUGUUUAGAAAAUGGAAAAUCGCUAUGCACGCUGCGGCUCUGUAUAAAAGUGGAUUCGAAAACACCCAUUAGUGAUAAACACGAUGAAAACAAAUCGGAUCUGAAUUAUGAUUUUGAUGACCAUAAAGUUUUGAAAAGAUCAUCCAUCUGUAAACCAAAUGCAUUGAUAAAAACUGAUUGUAACUUUUGCAAAUGCGCAUCCGAUGGUCAGAGCUAUUCGUGUACGUUGAACGUGUGUGAGGAACCAGAUAUUAAUGAUGACGUCGAAGUAUUUAAGGAGAAUGAGGAUAGUGAACAUGAUGGAGAUCAGGUGGACGGCAAGGUCUGCAAACCUCGAGCAACUUUCCACAUCGGCUGUAAUACAUGUCAUUGUAACUUCGACGGAACCACCUUUACUUGUACCAACAAGCCAUGUCCAUUGCCUGAUGAUGUGGAACUGUUCCAUGAAUUACGGGUUCUAAGAUCAUCACCGGAUAAAAAGUCUGUAGUGUGUGCCGCUAAUCGAAUGUUCAUCAAAGACUGUAACACCUGUUGGUGCAAUGAAGAUGGUACUAGCUACUAUUGCACAAGAAAAGUUUGUGUUACCGAUGCACCUGACAUACUUGAAGAGGCAGUUGAGGAAGUAAAGCGCAAAUGUAUACCUGAUGAAGUUUUCGAGUUGGACUGUAAUACGUGUAGAUGCUCACAAGAUGGGAUGUCGUUUUCUUGUACUAGGAAGGCGUGUAUCCCUGAAGAGAAGGGCAAGAACGUGUCAUUGAACAGAAGAAUUCGGGCAACAUCGCAGGGGACGCCGAAGACUUGUACACCGGGUCAAGAAUUCAGAAUGGACUGCAACAAGUGCCUUUGUAACGAUGAGGGCCAGGACUUCUCUUGCACACGCAUCGACUGUACUGCAAUAAACAACAACGGCAACGUUGGAGUUAGGGCUAAGAGAGAUGUUACAACCCAAAUUCAGUUGGAAUGUGCACCGGGAAGCGUUUUCAAGCAAGGCUGCAACUUGUGCCACUGCACAGAGGACGGUAAACACGCGACAUGCGCUCUGAAACGUUGCACUGAAAAGGAUACCCAAGAAGAGAGUCUAGUACCAGAAUCGGAUCCCAGUUUUCGUUGCAACCCCGGAGAACAGACCAAACGCGGUUGUAACGACUGUUCUUGUUCGGCUGAUGGGAAAAGCGUUUUCUGCACACUUCGCUUCUGUGACCAAGACAUAACACCGACAAUAUAAUAAAGAAAACAACACGAAUCCACAUCUUAGUGACCCAACAACUACAAUAGUAGAACAAGUAAAAUUUUGGCCAUUGGAAGAUAUGGCUGAUAUUUUGGACAAAACAGGAGAUUUGCAAGACGAAUCUCAUUUACAGUAUUCAAAUAAAAAAUCUGGUUAAAAUAUCAAAUAUUUAGUUUCUGCUACGUUUAAAAUAUAUUUUUUCAUCAGAAGUUUUAGAAGAAUUUUGAUAUCUAAGAUUAACACAGGGUCAGUGAAGUUAUGAAACGUAUCAAAAGUGAUCUUAGGACUAUGAUCAGUAAAGUUUUAAAGUAUUUAAUUCGUUCACUUAACUUAGUUUUCAUAAGUAUGGUUUCUUUUAUUUUAAGUUCAGUUAUUUUUAAAUUACAAUAAAUAGAUAAAUGCAAAAAUUUCUUAUCUUUUAAAUGUAAUAAUGUAUUAUACAAAUUUUUGUAUCGAGUUAAACAUUUGUGUUACCUUUGUCAAAUUUAAAUGUUUAUUUAGAUCUUGACACACAAUCAAAAUUUGAAAAAAGGAAAAUUUAAUGAUCUGCUAGGUAAAAUAAAACGAAUCAAUUCUAUCAGUGUUGUAUUUAAUUAGGAUUUAGUAUGUAAGAUUGAAGCGGCUCUAGAAAUUACUAUCUGCGAUUUAUGUUUUAACACACAUUGACACAUUGAAUUUUUUUUUCUAAUAUUUUGUCACGUAAAACAUUUUAUUAAAUUACAAAUCAUAUUUUUCUAAUAAAUUAAAACGACAUUUUUAAUAUUGUUUUCUGGUUUAUAUAAUAAAUGAAUUAUUUCAUGCAGUUAUCCACGUUAAAAUCAUGAGCGUUAAGUUCUAAGUGAUUUAGAAUAGGUAGCGAAUCAUUUUCGUCUUAAAGUAGUUUUUAUACUUUAACUUACUCAUGUAUUAGACAAUUUACUUUAUAUGUGUGAAUUUAAUCACGAAAUGAAUAAAAAGUUUGAUUUCAAA